GGCGAGCGAUGGAUGAGGAAAACAUGACGAGGAGCGAGGAGCAGCAGCAGCUGAGUUUGCAGAAGGCGCUGCAGCAGUGCGAGCUGGUCCAGAACAUGAUCGACAUCAGCAUCUCCAACCUGGAGGGGCUCCGCACCAAGUGCGCCGCCUCCAACGACCUCACGCAGAAGGAGAUCCGCACCCUGGAGAGCAAGCUGGUCAAGUACUUCAGCCGGCAGCUCUCCUGCAAGAGGAAGGUGGCCCUGCAGGAGCGCAACGCCAAGCUGGAGGGCUUCCCUCAGCUCCUGCACUGGUUCCGCAUCGUCGACAUCCGCAAGGAGGUGAUGGAGGAAAUAGCCCCCGGGCAGCUGAGCCUGGAGGAGCUGCUGGAGAUGACGGAUGACCAGGUGUGUGAGACGGUGGAGAAGUUUGGGGCCAACAGUGAGGAGUGCGCCCGCCUCAACGCAUCCCUCUCCUGCCUCCGCAGCGUCCAUAAGUCUGGCGGCAGCCUCUCCAAGCAGGACUGGACCAUCCAGUGGCCCACGACGGAGCCGGGCAAGGAGAACCAGCCGGGCUGUCCCCCAGAACCCACCCCGUGGAGCCGCACGCACCUCUCGGCCAGCCCAAAGCCCCCCGCCAAGUGCGCCCAGCACCACUGCCACGGCCCCCUCUACACCCACGUGGACCGCCUGACCGUGGAGGGCCACCCGGGGCUGUGUCCCCCCGUGGAAUCCGGGCACCGUUCCCUGCCUCCCUCCCCGCGGCAGCGGCACGCCGCGCACACCCCGCCGCGCACCCCCAACAUCGUCACCACCAUGACGCCGCCCGGCACGCCGCCGCUGCGCCGCAGGAACAAGCUGAAGCCCCCCGGCACCCCGCCGCCCGCCUCCCGAAAACUCAUCCACCUCCUGCCCGGCUUCACCGCCCUGCACCGCAGCAAGUCGCACGAGUUCCAGCUGGGGCACCGCGUGGACGAGGCGCACACCCCCAAAACGAAGAAGAAGAACAAGCCCCUCAACCUCAAGAUCCACAACAGCGUGGGCAGCUGUGAGAACAUCCCUGCGCAGCGCUCACCACUGCUCUCAGAGCGCUCCCUGCGGUCCUUCUUUGUGGGGUAUCCUCCGUUCCUGCCCUCCACGCCUCCCGUCCACACCGAAGCCACCUUCUCUGCAAAUACGCUGUCAGUGCCUCGCUGGUCCCCACAGAUCCCCCGCCGAGACCUGGGCAACUCCAUAAAGCACAGGUUCUCCACCAAGUACUGGAUGUCCCAGACCUGCACUGUCUGUGGGAAAGGAAUGUUGUUUGGCUUAAAGUGCAAAAACUGCAAGCUCAAGUGCCACAACAAAUGCACCAAAGAGGCCCCUCCGUGCCAUCUGCUGAUCAUCCACCGCGGAGGGAGACGAGCCGUGCGGGGCGAGGCAGAUUUGCAUUGCAAACCGCUUCCACCCACCCUCCCCCUGCCACCUUUUCUUUUCAGAUUCCCCACCGCACGGGCACGGUUGGUGCGGACCGAGUCAGUGCCCUGUGACAUCAACAACCCCCUGCGCAAGCCCCCGCGCUAUUCGGACCUGCACGUCAGCCAAACGCUUCCCAAAACCAACAAGCUCAACAAGGACCACAUCCCGGUGCCCUACCAGCCAGACUCCAGCAGCAAUCCCUCCUCCACCACGUCCUCCACACCAUCCUCACCGGCCCCGCCACUGCCACCCAGCGCCACGCCGCCGUCCCCACUGCACCCAUCCCCACAGUGCCCGCGCCAGCAGAAGCAGUUCAACCUGCCAGCCUCCCAUUACUACAAGUACAAGCAGCAGUUCAUUUUCCCAGACGUGGUACCUGAGACGCCAACCCGAGCCCCACAGGUGGUCUUGCACCCCGUCACAUCCAACCCCAUCCUGGAAGGAAAUCCAUUACUUCAAAUUGAAGUGGAGCCCACGUCAGAGAAUGAGGAAGGCACCGAGGAGGCUCAGGAGUCAGAGGAUGACUUUGAGGAGAUGAACCUCUCGCUCCUCUCCGCCCGCAACUUCCCCCGCAAAGCCAGCCAGACCAGCAUCUUCCUGCAGGAGUGGGACAUCCCCUUUGAGCAGCUGGAGAUUGGUGAGCUCAUUGGCAAGGGCCGCUUUGGGCAGGUCUUCCAUGGCCGCUGGCACGGGGAGGUGGCCAUCCGCCUCAUUGACAUCGAGCGGGACAAUGAGGACCAGCUGAAGGCUUUCAAGAGGGAGGUGAUGGCGUAUCGACAGACGCGGCAUGAGAACGUGGUGCUCUUCAUGGGAGCCUGCAUGAGCCCUCCCCACCUUGCCAUCAUCACCAGCUUGUGUAAAGGACGGACUCUCUACUCGGUGGUGAGAGAUGCCAAAAUCGUCCUGGAUGUCAACAAGACGAGGCAGAUAGCGCAGGAGAUUGUGAAGGGCAUGGGGUACCUGCAUGCCAAAGGGAUCCUCCACAAAGAUCUCAAGUCCAAAAACGUUUUCUAUGACAACGGGAAGGUUGUGAUCACAGACUUCGGCCUCUUCAGCAUCUCGGGAGUUCUCCAGGCAGGCAGGAGGGAGAACAAACUGCGGAUACAGAAUGGCUGGCUGUGCCACCUGGCCCCCGAGAUCAUCCGCCAGCUCUCGCCUGACACCGAGGAGGACAAGUUGCCCUUCUCCAAGCACUCGGAUGUCUUUGCACUGGGCACCAUCUGGUAUGAGCUGCAUGCGCGGGAAUGGCCCUUCAAGACACAACCGGCGGAGGCGAUAAUAUGGCAGGUUGGGCGAGGGAUGAAGCCCAACCUCAGCCAGAUCGGGAUGGGCAAGGAGAUCUCAGACAUCCUACUCUUCUGCUGGGCCUACGAGCAGGAGGAGCGACCCACCUUCACCAAGCUCAUGGACAUGCUGGAGAAACUGCCAAAGCGCAACCGUCGCCUUUCCCACCCUGGGCACUUCUGGAAGUCAGCAGAGCUGUGACCGGAGGAGCUGAGGGAUGGUGCCUUCCUCCCCUGCGUUUCUCCUCUUCCUUGCUGCUCUCCUUCAUGUGCCAAGGAGGGAAGAGCGGUGGGCACUGUGGGAUGGACUGGGACGGUAUGGAACCACCACAGCAUUUCCCUGCACUGAAGAGGAGCUGAUGGCCAGAGAUGUGUGGGACACCGUGGUGGCAGGCAGACAGCAGGGGCUGUGCGCACAUGGGGCUAUGGGGCUGUGGGGCUGCCGGUCCCAUGAUGUGCAAGGACAGGUGGCUUCUGUUCAACCCCAGGGCUUCUCUGAUCCCGAUCAGUAUGGUCAGUGCUCACAGCGCUCCUUUGGGGCUUGCUUUUUUUCAUUCUAGGGGAUUUUAUUUAAUUUCCUAGUGUUUUUAUUUUAGAAGUAGAAAACUAAGGGGGAAUGCUGCUGAUCUGUGGGUUUGUGCCGUCGCUAUUAGCUGCUCCCCGCAGGGAAAUGCACCCACAGUGCCCACUCCUCAGCCCUUCACCACGGCAAUGGUGACCUUUCACAAGUGGCUCUGUGCUCCUGGCUGUGCCCAGUCCUCCCCAGGCUGUCUCUCUGCAGGGCCCAGCUCCAUGGCCCCACUAGCUCAUCCCUGUGCCUGGAACGGAGCUCAUCUGCCACCCCUUCCAUCUCGCCUUUCCCCUUCUCUCCCUCUGGUUAUAGCUGUGGGGUGCCGAUGUCUGUUUGUCACAUGCUGUGGGCUGUGUUGGGUGUUAGGACUGGUGGAUGGAGCAAGGGGAGCAGUCUCUGGUUAUACAGAGCCAGUGCCCCCCUCCCAGCCCCAUAGCCAUCGCAUGCACCCACAGCCAGAGCCAAUGUGCUGUGCUUUGGUGCUGCCAUCCAAGCACCUCGUGCCGGUGUUUCCCUCCCCCCUGAGCCCAUUCUACAUGAGCUGUCAUCGCGGUAGUGGAGAGAAAAUUGUGUUUUCAGGAUCUUAUUGAGCAUAAUUGCUUGUCGGGAGCCAUCCUGAAUAAUUCAGCCGUGCUGUAAGUUGGCUUGAACUCAGAGACGUUGCAAAGUGAUUGGCCUUGUAUGUCUCAAACUGUUGGUGUCUGAACCACUUUAACCAAAAUGAAUGAAGAUUAAAGCCCUCUUCUAAGUGCUGGGCAGAUCAUUACGUGAGCAAAGAUCCUGAAGGUCCUUCCUAAGAACGUCCUGGGAAGAGGUUUCUCCGGACAAGGCUCAGGCUGGUGCUUUUAGGGUGGUUUCUGUGCCACGUGGUUGCCUCCUGGCUGUUUGCACAAAGGAUGGAGUUUCUCAUCCCCUGCCCUCCUCAACACACCUCAGUGCCCUAUCUUACCCCAACCAUGUCUUCUGCUGCCUGUCCUGCCCACCUGAACAAUUCUCACUUCAUCCUCUCUGCGUGUGCCAUAAACAUUGCACUAAACCUCAGAGCCUCUCUGACUUCUUACCAAUGCCUUCAUCCAGGGGACUGUGGGUGCUGGGUAUGGGGCUGUUCCAGUGCCCUGUCCCCUCCUGUCCUGUCCCAGUGGGCUGAGCCCUGAGCACUCUGUGCACCCCUGAGACAGACAGGAAUGAGAUCCAACGCAUGGAUGCUUUGUGUUUUGAGUUUUCCUGCACGCUGUGAUGGCACUGAGCCCAGAACCAUACCCAUGUUGAGUGACUGAUGCAGGAGCAAUGCAUGGCUCUUUGUUUUGUAUUCCAAGGAGGUGUGAGCCCUCUAGGUGUGAGCUGGAAAGACAGAGGCAAUGCUCAACAAUGAGGUGGCAAAGCCUGAUAGAUGCUGUGCAGGUUUGCAAUGGGAUACAUCAACCUCGAAGGCCUUGCUUUGUGACCCAAGCCUUCUGCUGGCCGCUCCUCAUGGGGUUCCUCCGGCUGUUGGUAGAUGUCCAUCAGAUGAGUGCUGUUGGCUGGGGCAUCCCAUUGCCCUGGUCCCUAUGGGAGCACCACACGUCUCCCUGCUGCCCCUUGGCCAUCCCAACGGAGCUGGGUAAAGCUAUGGUCAACAAGUGUGCCCAGCCUGACCACCCCGCUGCUCUUUCUGCCCCAUUUUCCUCCCAGGAACGUCUCCAUCCAAGGGAGCUAUUAUACAACAGCACCAACAGAAACAGCUGCCCUAUAUUUACCAUCCACAAGCCCAGACAAGCAGCUCCCUUCCUUCUGUUCAGCACAGCAGCGGCUGUUGGUACAGCCAUGCUAUUUGCAUCAUGCCUUCUUAUUUUUGAAAGUCUUAAUUAUUAAAAAAUAUAUUUUUCCCAUUCUUUUUUUUGUUUGUUUGUUUUGUUUUUUAAGUCCAGCUUUGUGCCUGGAUCUGUGUUGCUUUUUUUUAAAAGUAUCUCAGCCCUUCCACAUGGAGAGGAGGUGGGAUCUGGCUCUGCACAAUGCCUGCCAAUGGGCGCCCGCCCAAUGAGAUGCAUGGGGUUUGGAGGUGCACUAGGAAGAGCAGGGAUGGGUUUGGGGGCACUUUGAGAGCAGCUCCACCUGGAGGGAACCAUCCCACGGUGCAUCCUCAGCCCCUACAUGGCCCCAAACACUGCGUGCGCCAUUGGGUUGCACAACCAGGCGGUUCUUGGCCACCAUUGGGUGGUGCCCAUCACUUGCAUCAUCACUAGGUUUAUUUAUUUUAACUUAUUUAACUUAUUUUAACUUAUUUUUGUUUUGCAAAUGGUGACUUUUUUCUGGGAAGCUUCGCCAGCCUUCUUGAUUUCCGUUCCCUGUAAAGCGCGCUGUUAUGUUUUCCUGUACAUAAGGUAUAUAUAAAUAUAUAUACAUAUCUUCAUAUGUAUGUAUAUAGAUAUAUACAUAUCUAAAGAGCUCGAAAUCCUGUACAGUUUCAAACCAAACUUGGUGGCUGCUUUGUUUUCUCCGUGUUAGUUCUGACCGUUGCAGAAUGAGCUGGUUUUCAUUUCCCUUCUCCUCCUUCUGUUUCCUUUUUAUAAAUAUAUACAUAAAUAUAUAUAUAUAUAUUUUGUUGUUGUUGUCGCAAAACUCUCAUCACUGGAAAAGAGCAAUUGUUUCCGGUGGGGGGAAAAAUAAUAAUAAUAAUGAAAAACACAGAUAUAAAAAAAAACAAAAACAAAGCUGAGAAAGGCACGAUGGAUCUCCCCGAUGUAAAUUUGUACAGUAACAUUUAUAACGUUUUCUACACUUUAAGAAAGUAUUUAUAAUUUCUGCUGUCUGACUGAGUGCGACCCUCCGUGACCGCAGAGUGGUGAGCCCUUGUCCCCGUGGUUUGUCGUGCAGUGUUUGGUGAGGUGACAGUGUAUGAAUUAUUUAUGCCAAUAAAAAACACUUUGAAAACAA